CCUCACAUCCCCUAAAAUAGCUCGUCCCCCUGGAGCAAACUGCUGCCAGGAAGGAAGAGGGUUUUAUUUCCUGCCUAACUUUGCCCUUCUCUCUGGCAGGUGCCAGUGUCGGAGUCCCUCUCGGUGUAUGUGUGGUAACAACAUGUCUGUCCCCCUCCUUGCUGAUGCAGUGACUGUCUCAGGGGCAGAGCGGGAGACUGCUGCGGUCAUUUUUUUACAUGGGCUUGGAGACACAGGGCACAGCUGGGCUGAUGCUCUCUCCUCUAUCCGCCUCCCCUACGUGAAAUAUAUUUGCCCUCAUGCGCCUCGGAUCCCCGUAACCCUCAACAUGAAGAUGGUCAUGCCCUCCUGGUUUGAUCUGAUGGGGUUGAGUCCGGACGCACCCGAGGACGAAGCUGGGAUCAAGAAAGCUGCAGAAAACAUUAAAGCAAUUAUCGAACACGAGGUCAAGAAUGGGAUCCCACCCAACCGCAUCAUCCUGGGGGGCUUCUCACAGGGUGGUGCCUUGUCGCUGUACACGGCUCUCACCUGCCAGCACCAGCUGGCUGGCAUCGUGGCGCUCAGCUGCUGGCUCCCGCUGCACAAGGCCUUCCCGCAGGCGGCGAGUAACGGUGUGAACAAGGACAUCGCCAUCUUGCAGUGCCAUGGGGAGAUGGACCCCAUGAUCCCCGUCCGCUUUGGAGCCCUCACUGCUGAGAAGCUGAAAUCUGUUGUCACUCCCACCAAAGUCCAGUUUAAAACCUACCCCGGCGUGAUGCACAGUUCCUGUCCUCAGGAGAUGAUGGCGGUGAAGGAGUUCAUUGAGAAGCUGCUGCCUCGGAUCUAAGCGGAGCCAAUCGAGACUGUCGCAGGGAAGGACGCCAAGGUCGCAGCCGCCGAUCUUUCCCCCGUGACCUGUCAGCUGCAAACGGAAGCCAUGGCAACCAACCUCACCUCCUGUCGUGCCCUGGCUGCCUCCUCUCCCCGUCUCUUAGCACCAUGCCCUCUCUGGCUGGGGGUGCCCCGUCUCGCCCUGCCGCUCUCGGAGCUGAGAUUGGAGCUGUCUAAGGCAAGUCUUCAAGCGGCCUUUUCUCUCCUCUUGCUCCGAGCGGUUUCUGCAAGGGUUACCAUCCCCUCGAUUCCCUGUCCAGGCACCACAGCGCGUGAGCCUGGUAUGGGGCAGGCGAGGUUUUAUUUGUUACAGUAUUAGGGGUGGGUUGUUGCCCCCAUGCGGCAGGAGGAGUGGUGUGGGCACAGGGCAGGGCUCGGGCCCCCUCCAGAGCCCCUCUGUGGCUCAGAGCAGCCGAUGCUCCUCCUCUGCCCUCAGCUUGGCCUCUCUGCAGCUGCUCUUGGUCCCUGCUCAGGCGAUUCACGGGUUUUCGAUCACAGCUCAGGAACCCGGGACUCUCCUGCAAGCGCCUAAAGGCCCAGGGAGAGGCUCUGCUCUGGGCUGGGACCUGCAAAGGCUGCCCCGUCUCCCAGGCCCUGACAGGAUGGCAUCUGUGCGGCCCCUGCAAGUCCCGUGUCCUUGCAGGGGGCUGCAGCCCCUGCCCUGUCGCACACGCACACUCCCCUCCGCGGGCUCACCCUGUGCUCCAGCAGUCUGCUGCCAGCCUGCGGCAGCUCUGUCCUCCUCAAGAUAAUCACCUCCUUCCUCCUCCUCUUGUUGCUUUUACAAUCUCCUGUGCCCUGCACGGGAGGGACUGCGAGACACGUCUGCCUCCCUCAGCCCCGUUCGGUGCUCUUGGAGCCCCAGGCAAAGCCCUGCCGUUUACAGCUGGCUUCCCCGGGGCUUUGCCGUGAAGCCUGCCUGGCACUGGCCCGUCCUUCAUGUCUCUCUUGCUGCUACUCCUCCUUCCCUUUGGACUCGGGCUGGCUCAGGGGUGGGAGAGGAGAGGCGAGGAGAGGGCUCCAGGCCCUGAGGGACGGCUCCUGUCCCAGGCUGGCAUCGCUGGAGGAAGCAGGUUUGCUCCCAGCUGUCAUCUCACCAGCAUCUAGUGCCAGGGAGGCACUGUGCCCUGUCCUGCAGGCCAGCACGGAGGUCUCCUUGCACUGGGGCGAAGGCUGCAGACGCUGUUGGCCUUCCUGUGAACAAUCAGAAGGUGCCCGAGGGCUGCCCCGGGCCCUCGCCUCAAUCAGCUGGCUGGAGGCCGCAGCCAAGGUGUCUCCCGUCCCCUGGUGGUGGCCGGGCAGGCUGGGGCCAGUGCGAUGGGCCGUGCUGGCGCCUGACGGAGGUUGGCACUGGCCAAGGCGCAGCGCUAGGAACAGCCAGGCCCACAGAGCAGCCCCUGGGGAGCACCG